AUGGGUCCACAAAAUGCACUCAUUCCAGUGAUCCCAGUUCAACUUGGUGAAUCUACAACGUUCACAUGUGAUCUGUCUAAUACUAAUAUUAACCAAGUGGAAGUCAGCUGGUACAAGCAGAGUGUUGGAGAUAAUCUGAAACUAAUUGUGAAUCAGCAAAUACAUACAACACCUCAGUUUGCACCAGAGUUUUCUAACUCAAGAUGGAAAGUUAAUAUUCAUGAUGAUUUCAUAAACCUGACUAUUUUGAGGACAAUCCAAGAAGACGAAGGAAUCUAUCACUGUGCAUUGACUGCAUUGUAUGGCUUGGCAUCUAAAUGGAGUGGGACAUAUUUGAUCGUAAAAGGACACAGUCACAAGACAUCAGACUACACUGUUGUUCAGCAGACGACAGAAUCAGAUUCAGACCAUCCAGGAGAAUCAGAGACUCUCCAGUGUUCAGUCUUGUCUGACUCUGAGAACAAAACAUGUUCAGGAGAUCUGAGUGUGUUCUGGUUCAGAACUGGAUCAGAUGAAUCUCAUCCAGACAUCAUCUAUGCUGAUGGAAACAGACAUGAUGGAUGUGAGAAGAGAUCUGACACUCAGAAGAGCUGUGUUUAUCACUUCUCUAAGACCUUCAGCUCCUCUGAUGCUGGGACUUACUACUGUGCUGUGGCCACAUGUGGACAGAUACUGUUUGGAAAUGGAACCACGCUGACUAAUCAAGGAUGCAGCACCUUGUUAUUAGUUAUUGUUCUGCUGUGCGCCUUUGUGGCUCUAAGUCUCAUUGUUAUAGCCGUCCUCGUUUACAGCAUCAAGGAAAACAACUGUGAUUGUGGCAAAGGAUUUGAGCUCCUUCUGUAA